AUGGGGUCAGCAGGUCUUCUGCAGACCAGUCUCAUCUGGGUCGCGUACGCUGUGGCCGUGGCCCUCGCUCUCGGAGUCGCCAUCAUCACCACCUUCACCUGGCAAGCCCCUUACGAGCGGUCCAUCGCUGUGAGCAUCGUCACCAUAUUCAGCCUUACCGCACUACUCGCUACCGUCUUCCUCCUUCCCGUCGACAUAGCGCUCGUCUCGUCCACGGCCUCGGCCCAUCUCGGCGCCAAGAAGGAUUGGGCGACACCCGCCCGUGUCGACAGCAUUCUCCGGACGCUGAAGAUUGUGUACUACACCCUCUACAGCCUCGAUUCACUCCUAUGUUUGAUUGUCAUACCUUUCACAUACUUCUGGUAUGAGGAGUACGAUGAGGUUGAAGAGGAGGAGGGACGCGGUGGCCAGGGAGUACGCCUCUGGCGAGCCCUGAAGUACACCCUAGGCUUCGUCUUCCUUGUCGUUAUCCUAUUUCUCAUUGGUUUCUUCGUGCCGGCAGCCGGGUACAGCAAGGGAAGGCAUAUGGAUCUCGAUUAUUUCAAGCGCCUGCUAGCAGCGAACAACGGGGAAAAGGCCCUCACCUUCGGUGUGGGCUUGCUUAUCACCCUUGGUACGCUACUAUACGUCUUAUACACGGGUGCCGGGCUGGCCCUUCUACCCGUGUCCUUCAUCAAGUCCGCCCCGUCCAUCUCGGCACCCCAGCUCUCAGCAACGACGGCCUCCGCAUUAGAACGCAAUCGCGAGCUCCAAAGGCAGCUGGAGAUGCGCAACGCUGGUCGCCCCGAAGGCAUGUCUCAGAAGGACCGCAGGGAGAUGGACGCCUUGUUACGCGAAGAGAGAACCCUCGUGCGCCGCGAGAGAUUGGCCGCUGAAGCCCGCGGUGAGGGCCGCAGCGGGUUUUUCCGGGCCUGGACAAAGAUCCAAGCCGUCUUCCGGCCCCUGAAGCUGCUGGGCGGUAUCUUUCUGCUUCUGCUGGCCAUUAUCGUUUGGGUCUCAAUGCUCAUCACCGCCAUUGACAAAGCCGCCAACUCUAUCUGCAAGCAGCACUGCGGCUACAUCCUUGGCCAUAUCAAUGUUUUCCAGCCAGUCAAUUGGGUAUUUGUUCAGUCUGCCAAGGCCUUUCCGGUCGACUACAUCCUUAUGGCCCUGCUCGUGCUCUUCUUCUUCAGCAGCUCUGUCACGGGCCUUGCCACGAUUGGGAUCCGCUUCCUGUGGGUGCGCAUUUUCCAGAUCAAGAAGGGCCGCACUGCCCCUCAGGCCCUCUUGAUCGCCACCGUCUUGUUGGCUCUCAUCAUCCUCGCCAUCAACUACGCCAUGGCCAUGCUUGUGGCCCCGCAGUACGCCAUAUACGGCACGCAAACUUUUUGCGAGAACACCCCGCGACACCCAGGCGAACAACCAGACUGCCGGGAGCAUCCGGACAUGGUCCGCCCCUGCUCCGAAGCCUUCAGCGAACCGGCCGCCAAGGAUGUCUGCACGCCUACCGUCAUGUCCACCUUUCUCAACCGUAUCACGCUCAACUGGCCCGUCUUUGGCGCCGUCGAUUUCUGGGCUCAAUUUGCCUUCCUGGCUGUGUUCCUGGUCGUAUUCAUCACCAGCCUUUUCCGCACGCCGCGGUUGAACCUCAGUGAGUUUGAUGAGGAGGCCGAGGCGGAUGAGGAGGAGGGCCUCUUGGCGAGCACGGGGAGAAGAUUCGGCGCUACCUGGGGGGAUAUCACGGGGCGGGCGAAGAGGAACCCCACGGCGGGGACAGGAGCCGGCGGUCAUGAUGGUUACGGCACAAACGGGUAUAGGGCCGGGGAUGAGAAUGCAGAUGGGACCGGAUCUGGCUCGAGGGCCUGA